AUGGAAUUGAUAACCUCUUCUUGUGAUUUCGCUUUUUUUGUGUGGCUUUCAAACUUUGAACCGCAAGGGAAAUUAAAUUCUGUAAUGAUCAAAAUCUACUAUUUACUUAAUUUCAAUUAUGAAAAUUGUCCUGAACUAUUAUUAAAAAGAAUAAAGCUUAUUUGUUUACAAACAAAAACAAAACAAGCUUUAAAAGUUGCAGUUGCAAGAAUAAAUUAA